UUCAGGUUUGGAAAAGUCAACAGCAAUUAUUUGAGGAAGUGUUUGGAAUAAUUCAGAUAAUUUGAAAUAGUGCUAAAAUCAAAUUGAUGAGGCAUGAGUAAACAAGGACAUAAAACAAGAGCAAAUUUACCAGCUGGUGGAUUUCUGGCAAUUGGUCGUGAUGCUCCGUCAACUUCUGAUACGAGUCGCGUGAAACCUCAAGUUCAUAAACGAGAAUUACCACAGUUAUCGAGUGGUGUUUUGAAGAAGCCUCGUCUUGACUUUUCUGGGAAAAUUCUUUCCAGUACUCAAUCAACGAGUUCCGUCAAGCGUACCGAAGUCGAUGAUUCAAAAUGGCGUAGUUUUUGUGCUGAAGUACAAAUAGAACCUAAGCAAUUACUAGCAUCGUUGGAAUUAGCAAAGGAAAAACAAAAACCACAAAAAGCCGCUCGGUUGAUAUGUGCAGCAAUACGGGAAAUGAUUGAUCAUCGUAAAGAAACCGGUAGUUGGGCUGAAGAGCCAAUUAUUUGUUCAGCACUUAUGCUUUUCAUAAAAAUGAAUACUUCAUUUUUAUUACCGCAGGAAGAAUUGAUCGAAGUACUUUGUUCACUGUUGUCAAUGAAUUUACCUACCUCUUCGCCCGGUUCAGCAAUGGCUCCUUUACUGUUAUACAAACUUUUGAUGGAAACGACCAACUGGAAUUGGCGAUUGGUUGAAACUUUUAUUGAUGACAGUUUACAUGAAAGACAGUGGGCUGAUCGACCAUCAGUAGAUGGUUUGGUUGUGAAUAUCAUAACAGCUUUUGGUACUCGGAUCCCACAGGAAUCGAUGUAUAUAGCAUGCGAUUUGACUUAUCCAGAACGUUAUCGGACUGUGGCCGAAAUUAAUCGAUUUGCGAAAGUGACUGACAAAGAGCAGAAAAUUGACGCAUUUGUGGUGCAAAUGAGAGAUAUAUGUGAACGGAAGGGUGAAAGUGCACCAAGAAAUUUGUUGAAGACGAUGUGUACAUGUGCAGGAAAUGGAAAUAUUCGAUUACUGGCUGCACGAAAAAUGGAUUCAUGGUUGCUGAAUGGAAAGCUUCAAAGAUAUGCCAUGGAAUUACUUCUGUGGAUUGCAAGUAAUAUAGGCCGAAGUGAGUUUACCGAAGAAGAUAGUGAAACGUUAAGCGCUUUGUUAAAAUUGCGGGCAUUGAAAAGUAAACAAAUCAAUAUGUUAUUCAAUGUUGCCUUAAGAGAAAUAUUGAGCAAUGACAAAGAGAUGAUUUGUGCAGUAGCAAAAUUAUUAUUGUCAAAUGAAUUCUCGGCGAAUCGUUUUCCUUACAAUAUGACAAUGAUACAUUCGUUAUUUUCGUUUGAUAACCGUUCGGCAUCCAAAGUUAUAGCGCGAGAAAUUGCCCAGAUGCUCGCAGCUAAAGAAGAAUAUUUGCGUAUAUCGAGAGCAUUCCUCCGGGAAUUUGUUCGAUCGUUGUUACGAAUGGAUUUCGAUUUUGCUCUUUUCACUUCCCAUUUAUUCAACGCCGCAACUGAGGAUUUCACAGCCUUUGCUACCCCUGCUUUCUUUUUUAAAUCGUUGAUUGACUUCUGUGUGAUGCUACCAUUUUUGGCAAUAACACCUACCAUUAGAGAAGCAUCUCAACAUCGACGUAGUGCUAAUGGCAGUUUGGCUCAAAAUCAUAUUGAUGCUUUGCAGAAGUUUUAUGCAGAUUUAAGAAAUUUUUUCGAAAUCUGUACUUGUUUUUUCCGCAAACAUUAUGAAUUCUGCACUGAUAAUCGGUUAUUUGUGUAUUCGUACUAUCGAGUCCUUUAUUUGGCUCCGGCUGAAUAUUACGCUAGUGUCGAUCAGUGGCCAAUUGAAGCGGAUGUAAUGCAAUAUAUGCGUGUUAUUUCCGAUGUUCCUAUCAGUGAACAGUUACUAUGCACUAUAUUAGAGGCUGGGUCUGAUCCCUCAGUUCCAAUUGAUGCUGCAGAUACGGUAGAUGUUAUUGAGAAUCUCACAAAACGAGCUUCUUUGUCUUCCACAUUAACAGGUGGUAGUAUGGUUCCAGUCAGCAGUUGUACUCUAUUGGAAAAUCUAUUCAAAAUAACGGAAUACAGACCACCGCCAACUUUCAAUAUUCAGGAUGAAGAUCUUCCAACGUUGGCGGUUAGAACGCUGUAUUGGAAAGCAUGGCUCAUUUCAUUGAUAUGGACAUCACAAAACAUAGAUACAUUGGUUAAGGAGGUGUACUACAAGUAUCCAAAUUUAAAACUUAUCAUACAAAUUGUUUUGACAUGGGAUUAUUCAUUUCCACCGAUGGCAACUAUGGGUGAUCGAAUAUAUGCAGACAAACUAGUUGAAGAUGAUGAAAAGGCUGCUUAUGAGGAAAAAAUGACAAUCAAAACUUUGGAAGCUCGACUGGCCGGAAUGGAAGUGAGUGAUUCAGAUUCAAAGCUUCUGAACAAACUAUGCAGCCUGGAUAUAAAUGGCGUCUGCCGACGGCUUCCGGAUAACAUCAUGCGUGAUUUGGAAAAACUCAAUGAAGAUUUAGAUUUGUCACGACUUUUGAGCGAAUGUAGGGAUCCUGAUUUGCUAGCAGAUAUUGUCAGAUCUCAGGGUAGCUCGAAAGCUUUACCAUCUAUAAUAAAUUUGGUGGAAUCAAACUCAAACGCUAUAGCUCAUUUACCUCUCGAAUGUAUUUGUGAGCUGUUUCUGCACUAUAUAGCUUCCUCUUCGUCAUGUUAUAGUAGUAUGACACCAAACAUGGAAAGGUUGGAUGCGAUGCGUCAGCGUUUACAUAAUGCCAUAACGAGUCCUACUGCUACCAGAGCUUCAGUAUUGGAAACACUGGAAUAUCUGGCAGUACAUCUUGCUGCUCACUCGGCGUCCGAACGUUGUGCUGCCGCUCAUUCACUGGCAUUACUUCUUGAUCAUGAGACAAAUACACAAGUAUUGCCAAUAACAGCAAAUGCAGCACCAGCCGGAAAUCUUCAUAAAGUCGCAUAUUUUAAUGAAUUAAAGCAUCGAAUUUGUGCUCUUUUAUCACAAGCCUGCUCAGUGGAAACCGACUUAAAUCGUUUAUCGGAUUACUUGACAUUUCUUUUCGAAUAUGCAGACUCGAAAAAUUUACAUUUGGUCGCACAUUACAUUUCAAAUAUGGUUGAGCGGCUAAAAGAUGGCACAGAAGCAGAUAUCAUUCGAAUAAAUGCCAUAAGCUUCUAUGAAAGAUAUUUCAAGGAAGUUGAGCAAAAUGAAGCUGAAUGGACAGAAGAAUUAGAAGCACUUUUACCAGCAAAUGUUAAAAAAGUGACAGUUUGCAUUGAGAAACCAGAUAUGAAGAUAUGCUCAUUAACGAUGAUUUCAACAGCUGUUAGUGGGAUGCUGCAAUUAUUGUGCAGUCAGUGGAAGAAGAAGGAUAAGUUAGCUACACGAGUUCUCAUGGAUCUUUGGUUUCCAGCAUCAGGAAGACGACCAAAGGUUCUCAAUGCGGAUGGUGUUGAACUUUUACCCACUUGGUUGAAACUUAAAAUGCUUCGCACUGAAGAUGAUCGAAUCAUUCGCGUUGCAAUGGAUGAUAUGCAAGUUAGAGAUGCUUUGAAAUUUGUUCAGUCAUUUGCACUGACAUCAUACAGUUGCACAAAGCUGCUAGCAAUUCUAGAUGCUGAUGAAACACCGUUGGAAGGUGACUUGCUAGAAGAAGCUCAAAGAGCAUCAAUGUUUGUCCGAAGUUAUAAAUUGCGAAACGCCAAAGGUGGUGAAAAGUUUCUUAAACGUGUAGCUGAAGCAAAAAAUCUACAAGAAUGUGUAAAAAAGGAAGUUGAUGAAAGUGAUAUCGGUAUAGAAUUGAAUUCAACGGCAACAGUAUUCGAUACGGAUGAUGUUGAUGUGAAACGAUUAACAUUUGAUCAUAUGAAUGUCAAGGAAGUAAUCAGUUGUAUUGAACAGGCAAUCCAAGAAGGCAGCGAACCGGAAAAAUGGUCGUCGGUAAUUUUUGAACUGUCAAACAACUUGGAAUGUUCUCGAGCUGUUAUUUCUUUGUUGAAAGCUAAGCCGACUAUAUUAUCCGUUGCAGCAGUUGCGGUACCGUUACUGAUCUCGCUAGUUAUUUCGAGGAAUAAAGAUGCUUCAUUAAUCAGCGAUUUUGAUUCCUUGUUCAACAGUGUGAUCAACAAAUCUGAUCUUCAUAUUCCAGAAUCUGUACGCAGGAUUUUGUAUAGUCGUGGUGGAGAAUAUGCGAUCGAAACGGAAAGUCCAUGCUCGCCAAAUUACGAUACAUAUGAUCCGGAAAGUAUCCUCAUGCGUCUAGCAAAUUCUGUUGGCAUGGAUGAUAUGCAAAGCCGUUUGAUGGAAAGAUUUCUGGACACAUGUCCGGAAAUAUUACCUCAUAAAGAUGAUGGUGAUCUUGGUAGUAAAUCUCAUACCAUACUGGAAAUAUUAUUUUCAUCCAAAGCACCAACCUUACAAUAUAUCAUUUCGUUGCUGCCGACAGCGUGUUCUUCAGCCACUUUGAGUAAAAUAAUUGAGUAUCUGCUUGAAUCAUAUCGAUCUCAAUUUACAGGCAUAUCAGUUAUACGAACUGUUAUCAGUGCUUUCCAUGCUUCUAAAACAUAUGUACUUUCGACUGAGCAAUGCAGUGUUUUCAUCCAAUAUGUUUUGGCUGAAAUGGAAUGUCAUCCAAAUGAUGUUAUAACGUUGUUAAUGAAAUUUCUGGAAAAUAAUGCAAAUAUUCGGCGCGACUUAACACAAGGUAUGAUAGCUGAAGUUUCCCGUGUUUUAUCUUCGCCAGACAAUAUUCAACGGAAACGUUUUGCACAGCAGAUAGCUGAUGCUUUUGUGAAACGUUUUCCAGAUGCUCGACUAAAAAACGAUGCAAUAGUGAUCGACUCAUAUCGUUCCGUUUGCAUCCAAGAUCGGACAGUCCACAAUGCUAUUGUGGAAUUAUUUUCUGCCGCAGCUACGCCUGCAUGUUCAAUUGAUCAUAAGAUCAGUACAUUGGCUCAAAUUACGCGCAGUCAACCAUGUGUCGUAUUGAGGCAUUUACCAUUGCUGUCCGCCUGCUUAGCAUCAGUUGCACAACUCCCAGCCCGACAACUACGAACAAACAGUUACCAGUCCUUAUUACUGUAUAUUCCAAAAUUAUUGUUAGAUUUGGCUCCUCAGUCUUUCGAAGAAGCUGAUCGCUUGCAAUCCAUUUUGCAGACAUUUUUCACUCUUUUUGAAAAUGUUGGAUGUGGACGAACAUGGGUACCGUUGGCUCAAGUGCUACAAAAUGUUUGUGUCGCGUAUUUGGAACUUAAUGCAAAGUCAGCAAAAUCGUAUUUCCUAACGCAAAUCGAAGCAGUCAAGCAGCUUUGUUUAUGUUUGAAGUCGCCUUCCUCGAAAGUAUUGAUCGACACGAUAAUGUGUUUGAGCAGAGUCGAGGAAUAAUGUUUUAGGGUUUUAACUAAAUUUGAAAAAUUUAAGCUUGGAGCAUGAAAAAAUGAAAAAAAUUAAGCGUGAAAAAUUGUUGUUCUAAA